AUGCCUUAUUUUGACGGGGCUGAACUGGAUCCGGGCACUGCCGACUACGAGAUCGUCUUCAACAGGUUGUCGCAGCCGUCUUGGUCCGAGACGCGCGCACCCGGCUGGCCGGAUGCACGCUUAGUUGACGGCGAUUCCAUUCUUCAAGGCCGCCUGCAGCUCCUCCACAACGGUGCCUGGAGAUCUGUCUGCACCAACUCUAAGAAUUGGACAGAAGAAUCCCUGCACGUGAUGUGCCGCCAACUGGGGUUCUCUGGCGGCCACCUGUACCACUGGUUCCCGAGGAACAACGAUUCUAGUCAGCUGCUGUACGAAGAUCCUCAGUGCAAUGGGAACGAAUCAUCUUUAUUCGAGUGUCCGAAUUGGACUUCGAGGAGGUUGGGCAGCGGAGUCUGUGAUUACCAGUCCGACAUCGGAAUUCGAUGUGAUAAACACCUAGGCAGUGUAGAUUCUUCAAACUGGCGGGGAAUCUUCUUCCAAAGUGCACAAGUGAAGCUGAAAGAACCUGUCGAGAAUAAAGUCCGGCGUUACGACUCCCUAUCCAAGUUGGAGCAUGUGAGAAUACUGUAUGCAGGCCGGGAUGCAUAUGGGAAUGCGACCCCGGCUUUGGAGGUCGUUGGCCAGCCACCCCACAUGAACGCGGUUAUAGUGAGGCAUUCUGCCUUUGAUGCCAUCCAUGUUUAUAAACCAACAGAUGCCUUUUCCAUAGAAAACAGUGUCAUUUCUGAAAAUAGAGGAUAUGGUGUGUUUGUGAAUACUAGUCUCAGCCAGAUCACUCUCAACGGUGUGAAGGUCGAAGAUAAUGGAGGAGACGGCAUUCAUUUUGUCCGUCACGAGAGCUUCGGUGGAGCGGCUUCAUUCUGCGACACCGGCAAUAUUCGGGAUGAGCAGAUUUAUCCCGUCUAUCGCAGCCACGUGCAGAAAAGGGAACAGCACUUUGUUCGAAAUUGUGAACAGAUGUUUGAAGUGGCCAGUUGGACGGAACAAAUCUUGACUGUGAAUUUCAUGGGCCUGUCGAGUGAUUUCACCGAUCCCAAAAAUGCAUCACGGAUCGAAGUUUACGAUGGUGCCACGGAGAGCAGCAGACACCUUGCAACAGUGCCAAUAAUCAACAACACCUUUCCUCAGAGUGUGACCAGCUCAAAGCAAAAGAUAUUGCUGAAAUUCAUCCCGGUCAAAGGACACGAUGCCUCAUUUGUCAUAGAAAUUCUAGCCAAUCAAGGAAAAGCAUAUGACUUAAACAUAACAAAGAGCAACAUCUCUAACAAUCAAGGCAAAGGCGUUACUAUUGAAGACAUGAGAUCUGGAGUUUUAGUGAAUGAGUCGUCAAUAACCGAAAACAAUUACUUAGCUGGUUUGGAUGUUUCUGGUGGAAGUGGUGACGUUAUGGUCAAUAACUCAAUUAUUAGCCUGAAUAAAGGCGAUGGCAUUAAUAUUACUUAUGCUGGUGGCUUCAUUCACAUAGACCAAACAUCUAUUGCUAAUAAUGAAGGAAGAGGAUUUAGUUUUUGGUCUAAUGAAACAUCUAAUCAUAAAUGUCACAAUUAUACAGCCCACAUUACCAAAUCGGAAAUAGUUAGUAAUGGUCUGUAUGGAAUCCUUAUUGGUAAUCAGUGUGUUUCAAACCCUGUGUGGAACAUCAGCAUGAAUUCUUUUCGAAGCAAUGAGGAUAGUGGUCUACUGAUAUCAUCCUGCUGGAAGAUUCGAAAAGCCGGUGUCCGUAGCAAGAUAUACGUAACUCACAAUGAAUUCAUUGACAGCAAUCACCUUGCUCUUAAAAUGUCCCCAGUCUUACAUUCUCAUGUUAUAAUUGAACAUAAUCAAUUUAAGAGACAUAAACGUGGAGUUAUUUUCAUGAAUGGUUUGGAUGAUGAUGACUUUUUUAAAGCUUUUGCCGAAGUCGAAAUCCAGUACAAUUACUUUACACACAACUAUGGGAAGUUUGUAGCUAAUAUUGGUGUUGCUCAGGGCACUUCUGCCCAAAAAAUGCUGUUUUAUAAAAAUGAGCUUGAAAACAAUGUUAUUACCGAACCUUUCCCGCACCUGAAUCCACGUUCCCGCGUAGCCGCAGUCGUUGUGGUUUCUUCUCAAAAUACUGAUGUAUAUAGGAAUCGAUUCCAGAAUUUCGAGUCUGUGUAUGAACUUGGAUCACAUGUCGAAAGACAUAAUAUAAUAACAAAUGCUACUUUUAACUUUUGGGGAGCUACAAAUGUCACUAGAGUUUAUGGGAAAAUUUUCGACAGAAAGGAUCGUUACAAUCUUGCCCGAAUUGAGUUUUUACCAUUUCUGACGCUUCGUUCUGAUCUGGAUACUACCACUGCAAUAUCCGACAUGCACGAGAGAGAUAAAAUUCUUCGUUUUCGAAAUGAUUUUGAAAUCGGCGGAGAGGUUCCAGGUGUAGAAUACUUAAGGAGAGGUACAUAUGUCGUCAAAAGAGAUAUUUAUGUGCAUCCCGGGACUGGUCGGUUGAAUAUAGAUCCAGGAGUUGUUCUAAAGUUUGAAAGAUCUAUUGGAAUGAUGGUCCAGGGUGCAUUAUUUGCUGAAAGUGAAAGUGAGUACUCGCCCAUAACGUUUACGCUUGAUGAGCAGAGUGGUCGGAUCGACGAAAGCAAGGUCAGGUUGUCGGAUGGAAUGGAAGGACUGUUGGAGGUUUUUGUGGAUGGAAAUUGGGGAAGUGUCUGCGAUUAUGGAUGGGACAUAGAGGAUGCUUCAAUUGCAUGUAACCAAAUGGGUUUCGUAUUGCAUCCAGAAGAUUGGAUGUUGGAGCAAUCGGAGUUUGAACACGGCACGAGAUAUCCAAUUAGAUUAUCAAACAUUCAGUGUACUCUGUUAGAUACUGAUAUCACUCAGUGCAAGUCCGAGAAAGAUUUUGAAAACUCUUGCUCUAUGAUGGUGGGUCUUAGAUGUUACCAACCGUCCUGGUCAGGAAUAAGGUUGGGUAUGGCUGCUGACCGAAGUAACCUAAAGAAUGUAGUCGUCGAGUAUGCAGGAUUGCUCGACUAUGCAACGAACAGUUUUAAGCCAGCUUUGCAGAUUGAUUUCAAUAAGCACUACCUGCAGAAAUUGAAAAUUCACAGUAACAUGGACUCUGGAAUCGGUAUCAAGUGGAAUGAAAUGUUUGUUCUCGAAAACAGGCAAUUACUGGACUCUCAAUUGAAUUCGAACCGUCGUCAUGGCUUAGUUGUGCAUUCCCAGGGUUUGAAUGUUCUCAGAUGUGAUUUCUCCAAGAAUGAAGCUAGUGGGUUCCAUUACAAUCCUAUGUUUACCAGGUCGGAGCAAAGAGAUCUGAUUUCGUGGAUUAAUUUAGAAGAACGGGGUAAAGUUAUUAGGAUUCCGGAUGAUGUUCAAGGCCGGAAUGAAUUCAGCUUGACAACAAAUGGAGGUCGAAGCAUUGGGAUAGUUGUUUUGAAUCCGUUCGGAAAAUCGACAUCUGAAAAUAUGACGAUAUACGGACGGUUAGAGAUUGCAGAUGAUGUGAUACGCUGGGACCUUCGGGACAAUUUGACAGCAUUUCCUUUAAGAACCCCUGGAUAUGGUGUACUAGUGGAGUAUAAUUCUGGAGAAGAUCCUAGUGGUCAAGGAAUCAUAUACAUUGCAUCUGUUGAUGGACAAAGAGACAGAUCUCCAUGGGAGAGUCAUCCAACAAUUCACAUAGACUCUGCGAGGAUAACCGACUGUGGCAGAGGAAUAUACAGCCACCAUUUCAACAGAGAUAUAAGCGAUCACGGUGACCACUUUCAUCGCUACACCAACGAAACCAUACUUGUGACCAAUACAGUGAUUUCUGGAAGCAAGAUGGAGGCCAUUUUUGUAUGGACGCCAUUUUGGGAUCCAGUUAUUAAGAACCUUGCUGAAAUCAACUACACCAUUAUUAAUACUACAAUAAACAGGAAUUCUAAGGGCUUGCUACAUUACAGUAGAGAUAUCAGGAAUUCUAAUAAUCUUUUCCAUUGGACCAUCAACAACACAGCUAUCGAGGACAACGCCGAAGGUGGAAUUGAUGUUCGUCUUCCUUAUGUUUGGCAGUACUCUGAAAACUACACCCACUCUUUUUCAAUGCACAAGUGUUCUCUGGUGAACAACCGAAAGUUUGAAUUUUUGAUAAGCGGGCAUUUUGCGAAGGUGAACAUGUCAGGCAAUCGUUUCCAGAGGAAUAACUGCAAGAAAGGAAUUAUGGGGUUUUACGGUAUGGAGAAAGAACUUUUGAUUGAAGAAAAUGUGAUAACCGAUAAUUCAGCAGUAUUUGGGGUAGAAUUCAAUUUAAAGAGCCAUGCUAAUAAAUUUGGACUGAUACCUGCAAGUUUUCACAGAAAUAUUAUAGCGAAUAAUCGGGACAUAGGCCUUGGGCAAAAAUUUGGAUAUCAGCCUACCAGUUAUGCUCUUGCCAUUCGAGGUGUCCAGUUGAUUAAUGUUACCAGAAAUAUAUUUAACAAUCCGAAUUUGCAAUUUGAGUUACUGACAGGCGUGCUGACCGGAUCCGUCAAGAACAAAAUUAAUGUUGGUAGGAACUGGUGGGGAUACAUUGAUCCUGCUGAGAUACAAAAAAGGAUAUUUGAUUUUGAUGAUUGGAAUGGAUAUGCCAUUGCGGAUUUUAAUCCCUACCUUGGAACAGAAAAUAUUGAUGGUGGAGUUAUAUCAUUUAAUUCCAGCGAUCAAACACUGACUGCCAGCGGAUAUCUGAACGGACGCUUAUACAGUGACUUGACCUUGCCUUGGAAAAGCACACCGUAUGUAGUUACUGCUGACUUAACUAUUAUGCCAGGUGUCACUCUCAAAUUGGAUCCUGGAGUUGUGAUUGAGUUUUACCCCAGUGUUGGAAUAUUAGCUCUCGGGGACAUUGUUGCUGUCGGUAAAUCCAGCAGUCCAAUCGUCAUGAAACCGGCUAGGAUUUUUGAUGAGAGAAGAUUCCGUAGAAAAACCAUACCGAUCAAGUCCAGACUGUGCAUUGAUGAGAAAUGUGAUGAGAAGAGGCAAGAUGGUUUUCUGGAAAUAUACAAUGCUACUACUGAGCAGUGGGUUCCAAUAUGUGAUGCUCGAUUUACGGAAAGGAAUGCGCAGGUUGUCUGCAAGGAAUUAGGUUAUAAUAAUUUGAAUGUUCAAUUGGCUUUUGGACCGAGGUUAGACAUGGUUCCUACGUUGACUUCACGUGUUAGAACUUGGCCGCAUCCGUUGGAAUGUAUAGGUACGGAAUCGGCACUGGGUGAUUGUGAGUAUAGAUUGAAUGGCUACAUUGAGAGCUACAAGUGUCCUUUCGAUGGAGAUUAUGUGUAUGUAUAUUGUGGCUCUGAAACACUGGUAGGCUCAGAAGAACACUGGGGUGGAAUUCGUUUCUCCAUCCCCAAUUUCGAGACUUCCGAUUCCCCUCUGAAUAGGCCAACGCUCAGUUACGUGAUGAGCGAUUCGUCUCGCUUGGAAUAUGUCCACAUCAGAGGUGCUGGAGUCCUCCAUAAUGAAAAAAGUGCUGCACUUCAGUUGGUACAGAGGGAGAUUCUGAUUAAUUACGUCAACAUUUCUGAAAGUGCAUCCCAUGGCAUUGAAACUGUUGGAGUGUCCGGCAGCUUGUCGUUCGACAACCUCAUCAUCAGUAACAAUAUGGGCAUUGGUAUCAAUAUUCUUUCUUUAACUGGUGAAUCUUUUGGUGAUGCAUCAGUGUCAAAGCUGGGAUAUGAUCCACUGAAGUCCAUUGAUAUGUCUUACGGUAUAUUUGGCAUGGUGGACAUGUGUGAUAUGAACAAGGAAAUGAGUGUGGAGAAUAGAAUUUUGCUUUACUACAAGUACGACAACCAACCUGUUGACUGUGUAAAGAUAUUCAGCUCGCUGCACUAUGGAAAGCAGGUCGGUUUCAGGCUGCUACAGUUCAACCUGUUCGAUGGGACCAAGUACGCUGCCCAACCGGAUUUCAUACAGAUAUAUGAUGGAGAUGUCUUUAAUGAUACCACUCCACAGGUGGCUAAUAUUGGAUGGCAUCACGGAUAUGAAAAUGUGACCAAGUUUUAUGUCUCUACAGACAGCACUUUAAGCAUACUGCUUCACACUAUUGGCGGAAGUGAGGAUCAUGGGUUUAUUGCUGAAGUUGUAACAUUGCCAAUAUCACAUCCUAAAGCUCGUAAUUCUCAGCACAAUGUGUCCUAUUCUGAAAUUUCCAACAAUGGCUUAGAAGGUAUUGCUUACAGAAGUGCAGGCGAAAUAACACCGGCCAUUACUCUCAGAUACAAUCGCAUCGACAACAACGGCAGAGAGCUGUUUGGAAACUUCACGGCGGGAAACAGCGCCAUUUUGCUAGAUGUGCAGAAUGCGAAAGAAUUGUACUUCUAUAACAACCUGAUCAUGAAGAACCAGGGUGGUCUACUGCUCAGGGUGGAUUCCCGAACGGCAGUUUCUGCGCUGGAUGGAGUUAUCGUCAACAACCUUUUUACCGAGAACAGGAAUAGGGAAGUUUUGAAUUUCCAGGGCAGGAAAGCUGGUGCAUUCCAGUACAUCAAUGUGUUUAGGAAUUACUUCACAAGAAACUAUGCCCAGUAUAGAGACACAAUAUUUGUAUCACAGGUUAUUUCAAACUUGACCGAAAACCUUGCAUAUAACAACACUGGAAAGCAUUUACUUGAUGUCAGAGGCUUUCAGCGCAUGCCUUUAUCGUUCCAAACAUGUGAAAAAAAUUGGUUUUGGAGAAAUGUAGCAACGGAUAUCUGGGACAAGAGCACCAUCAUUGCUGGCAAAGCUGGACAACAAUUUAACCACAACUACUUGGUUAACCCCGACAACGAUUUUGAACUUUCGGCAAGGAACAGGAGCCUAUAUAAUGCAAGAGAGAGUUUCAUUGAUGCAAAGAUGAACUGGUGGGGAUUCAACGGAACGGCAGCGAUUUCUGGGAGAAUCAAAGAUUAUAGCGACUUUGAAGAACUUUUGGAAGUAGAAUAUUAUCCAUACUUGCACGAUAACAGCAGUGUGCUAAGUGGUAAAUGUGCUGGUGGUUGGAAGAAAAUUGGGGACACUUGUUUCCUCUAUGUUGGUGGAGUAAUGACUUAUGCUGAAGCAAAACGGUUUUGUGAACUCGACAAUGCUUCUAUGCCGUACGUGAAAACUAAACAUGACGAACUGAUGGAAUUCGUGAAGGAACGGCAAUACUACUACCAGCACUAUUCAGACAGAUUUUGGAUUCAAUCUCUGGACAUUCCCCCUCGCGAGUGUGCAGUUUUGGUGAACAGGAAAGUUGUCCGCCGUUCGUGUACGGAGUAUUUCCCAUUUUUGUGUGAACGAGACCCAGAGAUCACGGUAUCCACCAGUUUAUGGUUUUUGGAACCCCUCACGCUGGCUUUUAUCAGCAUCACCGGCCUUGCAGUUCUUUUUGCAGUCCUUUGCGUAGGAUUCUGGCUCUGCAAAUCGAGGCAGCGAUAUCGAGAGAAGCUAGAGAGACGAAACUCCAUCAGGGCGUCCAUAAGGUCAAACCGGUCCUUGACCGGCUUCUCGGAGUUGGGGUACAAGAGGCGACUCGAGAGGGCCUUCGAGACCGAAUCGGCACCCAAAACGCCCCAGCUCAAAAUGAACGGAAGCUUGGACUCUGUCGAGAAGACUGCUUCCAGGUUCAGCUGCUCGAUGGAUGAGAGUUAUGAGAAUACUGUGGGAGAUGCCAGCUCUGCGAGGGUCCCCAAUGGAGAUUUCUCUGCCUUUGUUGGAGGAUACUCCCACGAUGCCCAGCACGAAAACAGAACUGCCAACCUAAUGGUCCACCCGACGUUCGACCUGACUUACGAGAACCAGUGCUUCGUGGAGCGCUCCGCUUCGAGAAACUCCCACGAGAUAUCUCGCGACUGGAGCUCCUCCACUGGCUCCACUCUGGACAUGAAGAGGUCCUUGGAGCGAGAAACGAAGGGGGGGCAGGCUUACGUGGGACCCUAUCAGCACAGCCCCUCGCUCGCCUCCACCUCGGAGUCGAACGACGAGAGCACUCGCAGCAGUUGCAGGCAACCCCCACUAGAGACCGCCAUGUGAAGUGCAUUUACUCAAAGUCAAUCUUAUGUUCCUAGGAAAGGCUGUAAAUAACAUUCGAGCUUGUAUCCGUCUUUCACGCAAAGGUCGUGUUUGGAUAAGCCGACCGGUUAGCCCGGGCUCAGCGUGUGAAAGUAUUUUAAUAGAGCCACUGGUUGUA